ACGAUUCGCUGGAAGGACGUCGUGGAAAUAACACUUGUUGAACCUUGGAAGGGAGUUCCUGGCUCGCCGCUAGACCGUUUCGUAUCGUGAUUAGAGGCACGAGAACGUUUGUUUUACAUUUAGAGCAACGUUCCAUUGCUAGUGCAUACCUGUUCAACCUGCUGCAUUAGAUACAUUCCGGUCUGUCCGUUCCGGGUUGGCCGUUUGCACAUUCCGACGGUGUAAAAUCCGAAACCUCUCUUACAUUCCUUUGGUUUUCUUUUUGUGCAGACCACGUGAGUGCAUUGCUGAAGCAUUGUUUCGUACCAAGGAAGUUACAGUUUCCGUACGUUCUGUUGUGUGAAACUCAGUUUUGAAAGACUUAUGGUGUUUGAAAAGUGAAAAGAAAACUUGUGAAAUUCCGGAAGUUUGAAGUUCAGUGUGUCUCAACGCAGCCGUAAUCGAACGUUUUUGGUGAAUCUCAGUGACACUGCAAACCAAAAUGAAGGCGACCCUAUGGCUCUGGACGGCGGUGAUGGCGUUGCUGUGCGUAAGCCUGCAGGUGUCCGCCCUACCGUACAGUGACAGCCGCGUUGUACAGGAAAACAGUCUACUUUCGCUGAAAAGGACGAAACCGUCGCUGUCGAUCGUUAACCCGCUGGAUGUGCUACGGCAGCGAAUCAUCCUCGAGAUGGCUCGAAGACAGAUGCGCGAAAACACUAGACAGGUUGAGCUGAACAAGGCACUGCUGAGGGAAAUCGGUAAGCGAAGUAGCAACCUGUACGACGGUUCCGAAUACCCACCGGACUACACCUACUACGACCGCAAGCUGUACAAUCAGCACGUCCAACCAAUGGCCGACCGCGGCAGUCCCGCCGAGGAUGAGCUGGAAGCGGUCGUCGAGAGCCUGCUGCGCAACCAAGGACUGACCGCAAGGGACGGCAAUUACGCCGGCAAGCUUCAGCGAACACGCUUCAUCAAUGGUCGACCAAUGCCCGCCGCCGCCGCCGCCGCCAGUCUUCAUGGAAUGGCGAGCAACCCGAUGGCUCAGCACGACCAGCCCCAGCAGCUAAGCAGCCUUUUCAGCAACGAGGAAGAACGGGAAGAUCUCAAGACAAAGGAUCAAGCUCUCAGGCAAUCGCUCUCGGUGGGCCAGGACCUAGACCAGACGAACGGUGGCAACGGUGAGGAGGACGAGGAUCAGGACGGGCACCAAGCAGCACGGGUCGGUGGUACCGGUACCGGUGUAUUGAAGCCCAUGCAGGACGCAGACAACCUGCUGGAGCAGCCCAACCAACCAUCCGUGUCAUCGCUGUCGUCGUCGGCGUCGAGUGAUCGAAACAGUGGCACCGAGUUUGGACCACGGUACGUCUACGGUAUGUACAAGAACCGAUACGCCAACUAAAUCUCCGAUGCACACGCGCACACAGUAUCGACAACCCACACGACCACAUGACGCCACUCUACAGGAACGGUUCUGGAAACAAGCACCUAUCUGCGUAACGUAACGUUUGACCCAACAGGUACACUGUAUAUCCUAAUUGCCAAAACAGAGGAAUAAGAGGAAGAAGAAGAAAAAGGAGAAGUGCAAAAAAAAACACUAACAAAAAAGAAAUACAAAUUCAAAAGAAAGGAUAGGCUCAACACAGCGACAAGUUCGUAGGUCGCUCGCUUUUAUUCAAUGGACUAAUAAAGACACAAAAGAAUAUUACUACAAACCAACCAGAACAACAACAAAAAACAAACAUACACAGCUACAUUGAAACCCUUUUACACUAGCGAGAAAAAAAAGAACAAAAUCCCUUCUAUUUACACACAUUUAGAUACUCUUAAUAGGGAGCUGGUAUUUCAUAGGACGGUCCUACCGCAUGGAAAGAAAAUCGCACGAAUUAAAUCAAUAAUCCUUGGCUUAAUUUGCAUAGAAAAUCUGUCCUCAGAAACACAGUUAUCAUACGUACUAAAGCGCUUGAACACACUUCAAAACGCUACCAAGCAUCCUUCCCUCAUUGAUAGAUAGUCACCGAGCGUGCGCAUCAAGGACUUAUGACGUUGGCGAAACCUUAUCGCUGGUAUGGAUCGUUUUAACGGACCUCGGGAACUCUUCAAGUUCAAGGAGCGGGAAAAAAUUAAGUUCAAUUUCACUGAUCUUUUGUUUAGUUUUAGCUCCCGCUACUCAGCCAAAUGAUUUGCGUCUAAUAGCCUAAUAGCUCACCGUUGUGGUGUUGCUCGAUGUUUGUCUGCUUCAAGAAAAUGUCACCAAAUGUUCACCUACCAACCAAGGUUGCCCCUUUGAUCGCGGCUUCAAAAGGCAGCAAUAGAGCAGUUAGAGCUGUCUAGCCGAUUGUCUGUAUGACCCGUAAUGUGUCUAGAAAUAUUGAAGCGUUAAAUUACGCGACCCAAUAUCAUACUGCUUCUCGAAAAAGUGCUCCAGGUACAUACUUGCUUGCAUGAGCUGAUACAACGAAAACCCGCACCGAAGGCCGGGAUGCACUCUACUCGAUGCGUGACACGGCACCAUUUGGCAGCCGGGUGAUAAGCGUUAGCCCGGUAGACAAAGGCAUCCCCAGGAUGGGCAAGAAAUUGAAGAAACACGCACAGCACAGCCCUUCCUAACCAUUCUAUUUUUGUUUUGGUAAUAUUAUUUCGUUUAUAAAACCAUCCCACCGACAAAACGGCACCUUUUCCACAUCCGUUUAGUACAAGGCAAGGCAAAUGUGUGAACCCCGCGUGUGGAUGGUGCGGCAUUUCCUCUCUUGCCAAAGAGCCUUAUCGCUUUUGUUAUGGCAGUUUUUCUCGCAUGCUGCUCUCGAGUGUAAGCAAGCAUAAUGCACUACACCAUGAAUAAAUCCUACCACCGCCGUUGACGCUUUCCACCGUAUUGCCGGAGGUCGCCUAAUUGUUCAUAAUUCUUCACAUCGCGAAAGUAAGUACUUUUUACGCUGCUGUCUGCUUUCACACUGGAGCCGGGUUGUUUGAAUACAGUUUUCGUUUCACGGUCUCCCUCUCGGUGAAUAUUUUCCCACCGUUUUGGUAUGCUCUUUUCGGAUGUUUCUUCCGCAUUCCAUCCACACAAGCGGAGGUGACACUCGAAAGAAGGCAAAAAAAACUGCCCCAAAAGUGCAGCAGGUGGAAAAUUGUUACGGAACCCAAAAAAAAGCCCCCUCAGUUUUUCUCAGACAAAUGAAAAACGCGAAACGGUUGGCUGUAUCGUCACCAGCGUUACACCGGUGGCUGGAAUAGGCCGAACAUUACUGCUGCUGCUGCUGCUGCUGCUGGGAAGCGAUCGUUUCACUUCAUACCGACGGGGGAACAAAAACGAAGUAGCGUAGGACUGAAGCGUGAUGGUUGGCUUGGCAACCUUGAAGCAAGGCAGAGAGCAGAGGCUGGGAAUGCCCACUGUGAGCGUGAAGUAUGCGUGCUUUGCCUUCAUUUGACAGACUUUAUUGAUGCUGGGCGCUUUGCACCAUUCUUCAUAUUGUUUUUUGGUUGUUUCUUUUUUUGUCCUUCAUUUUGUUUUUAUCAUUUCUUGAGAGCGUCGGAGAACCGCUAAGGAUUAGCUGAGUGGUAUUUCGAGAGCAUUCGCGCGCACAUUAAAUCUUGUGGCUGGCAAGACUUUGUGCGGUGUGGAAGCUUCUCUUUGCUAAUGCAAGCGCUCAAAGGUUCAAGCACCGGUCAGUGAAAGCACCCGUCAUCGCAAACGUCAUAAGGCCUUUUUCGUUGCAAUGUCCUGAUAAUCGGUGUGAUGUCCCUUAAUAGACUGUAUGCUAACCACACUAGAACAUCUCCAUUGGCUUGAUGGAAGAUUUUUAUUUCUUCCAUCUGCACUGUAUGAUUUUCGUACAAACAACAUUCUCUUCUGCACCGAAACAUGUAAGUAUGUUUCUUUAGGAUAAAGUUGCAAUAAUUUUUAAAGAAAAACUUUAAAGAAAAACCACCAAAUAAAAGUUUAGUAGAAACAAACUGAAAACAAAACAUAGUUCUUCAUCCUCAAAUUUAGAGCGCUUGAUUUUGUAAAGUGUAAACAAACCGCUGACCGCUAAAAAAGCAAACAACGCAUGUAUAAAUAAUUUAUUGAAUAAACAGUAAAAACCAAAACAAAACAAAAAAAAGACCCCAUACAUAAACUAUCUCGCGUAAGGGUCAUGGAUUUAGCAAUGGCAGGAAAGCUUAUCUCCAGUAAGCGUCAAGAGGUCCAGAAAUGGUUUUUUUUUCUCGUGCACCUGGUCAAGUGGACCGAAGCCGAGGACUACACCGUUUACUGAGGUUCCGCGUAGCGAAACUAGCAAGCCUAAUAAGAAGCAGGGAAAUGGAAAAAAGCCAAUAGAAAGUAAAAUAGUGUUGAUGGAACGGUAAAGAGAAAUCACACGUAGAAAACAAACUGAAAAACAAAACUAAAUAAUAAACACGGAUACGGAUAAGAAGAGAGCAAACGGAAUGCAGAACAUUACUCGUAAGUACGUUAAAUCAACGGAGAAGAAGGGAAAGCUUUUCGCGGAUUACACCAUGCAGGCUGCUGGUGAACGGGGAACGGUGAAGAGGAGUAAAGAUUGUUAAAUCAAAUGCUAUACGAAUAAUCAUUGCCGAGACGAAGGGGUGGAUGGAUCUGUACGCAGGAAUAAUGGACCGUUUCUUAGUCCGUUAUUACGCGGUAACCCGAUGAGCUAAGCCCGCUAGAUCAUAAACAUAAUGUUACAACAUGGAGCAAUGCGAAAGGCAAAGCUGGACAACUAACACGAACACUAAGAGGCUCGCCUUUUUUUAAAAUCUACCUAUCUGCACUGGCAUCAAGAAGGGAUAAGCCAACGAAACGAAUGGAAAGAUUACAAAGGAUGUGCGCGAUGCGUGUGAGUGGAGCAAAUGAAUGAAGAGCAAACGACACUAAGAAAAUACCCGAACAUUUCAAAGGCAAAAUUUACUGAAAAAAAAACAAUACAAAUUACGCUACACAAAA